AUGGAGCCAUUUGUUGCAUUAGGCUUGAAGGCCAGCGAUGCUCUGAUCGACAAACACUUCCACAAAAUACCCGACAAGUACAUGCGUCCUCACACCUACCAUCCAAGCAACCUGCCCAACCCGCUAAAGAAAAGUCGGAAGGGGUCUCGACGCCAACAACAGAAUGAAAAUCGAAGCCGAUCGCCUUCUCCAGAUUCUUACGAUGACUUCGAAUAUGUGGACGGCACAGAAGAGCUGAGGGAUAUCCCAAAGCACUCUGGGUACGUAUCACCAGAUAACUCGAGGAGUCCAGUAGGAGACAACAUGCCACAGCAAUAUAGUCGAAGACCUCCACAAACCCGACCAGAGUACAUACCUCCUCCGCCUAUUGGAGGCACCUAUUCUCCAUCGAAUCAGUUCCCCCCUCCACCGAGAGGGGACCAAUCCUCAGCUUCGCCUUUUCGAUCAUCCGAUGACUUAAAAGUCCCACUUGAUCCAUUACAAGAGCCCUCAACUUCCACAAGACGAAGAUCGGGCGAGAGGGCUAGAGAGCGUGGUCGGGACUAUUAUGAUGACGAUAGAAGAGGAAGAAGGUCGACAAACACAAGAAGGAGCAGCUCCCAAGAACCGACUCGGUACAGAGAGGGAGACUUGGUAUCAUAUAACGACAGCAAUGAAGAUCUAGAUACACGCUCAACAUUGCCUCGGUCCGCUCGUAGACCAAAACAUGCAUCUCGACGCAGCAGUUCUCACCAGCCAUCCCGAAAUGGUGCACUUAUCCCCUUUCCCGCUGAUGGUGAUGACCUUUCCACCCUCUCGAGCCCACGAAGACCGAAGACCAGUCCGGCAGAAAACGUAUUGAAACCAUACGAUGAGAUGGACGAUAUAUAUAUUUCUCGCACUCGCAGACCUAAAUAUACAUCCCAGAGAAGCUCUUCGCAUAACCCGCCAAGAUAUCGAGAUUCAGAUCGCUAUUAUCCCCCUUCAGCAUCCGACAAAUAUCGGAAACAUCGUCGGGAGUCAUCUUUAUCUGCGAUUCCACGCUAUGAUGGACGAGAUAAAAUUGAGAAUGACCGAGGCGAAGGACAAUUUUUUACAAAAAGUAAAGAUGGCUUAGUCGGGGGUGCUCUGGGUGCUGUGAUCGGCGGCUGGGCAGCCAAAAGAGUACAAAGAAGUGCGAGUGGGAGGGAUGGUCGACGAUCGAGGAGGAACAGCAGUGCGCAAGAGGAUGACAAGGUUCUGACUCUUUUAGGCGCUGCUGUAGGUGGGUUGGCGGUCAAUGCGGUUGUGGAGCAUUUAGAGGAGAGCAAAGUCAAGAAGGAAAGGGCGCUUAGUCGGAGGAGGGAUAGCAGAGUUUAUGAUUGGGACGAUGGAUUUUCAUGA